GUGAAAGCAAGAGCCCGCUCGUAUCUGUCUCGCGCUCUUAUCUUCUUCUUCUUCUUCUUCUUCUUCUUUCCCGUAACCACCUCUCCGACGCCGAGCGUCGCUUUUCAAUCGGAGAAUCUUCGAGAAUGGCGACCUGCGCUGCUGCCUCGUCGCUCAUGCUCACCUACGCGUCCUCCGCAGUAUGUCACCAAGACCUCAAUAAUCCCUCUCUCCUCUCCUUCAAGUCCCCCAACCCUCUCCUCAAGCCCCCGUCCCUUUGCUCUCUGGUGCUGAGCUCGAGGGGAGUCAGGUCGAGCAAGUGCGUCAGCUUGUACUCGCAGGAAUGUUACGGAGUCAGGAGCCGGAGCGGCGCGUCCCUUGUGGUGGCUGCUGUUGCAGCCGAGGCUGAGGUGGCCGAGGAGGGAGUGGAGGAGGAGGGUGGCGCUGUGUCGACUGUCGCUCCUCCCAAGCCUAAGAAGGGGAAGGCCGCAUUGCCGCUCAAGAGGGACAGAACAAGGUCUAAGAGAUUCUUGGAAAUUCAAAAAUUGAGAGAAAACAAAAAGGAGUACGAUUUGAAGACAGCAAUUUCUUUACUCAAACGGACGUCGGGUACUAAGUUUGUUGAAACUGUAGAAGCCCAUUUUCGUCUCAACAUCGACCCCAAGUAUAACGAUCAACAGCUUAGGGCAACGGUUAAUUUGCCAAAAGGAACGGGACAGACUGUUCGAGUGGCAGUGCUUACUCAAGGUGAGAUGUUCGAUGAAGCCAAAAAUGCAGGAGCGGAUUUGGUUGGUGGGGAUGACCUGAUUGAACAGAUUAAAGGAGGAUUCAUGGAUUUUGACAAAUUGAUUGCUUCUGAAGACAUGAUGCCCAAGGUCGCCAGCCUGGGGAGGAUUCUGGGACCAAGGGGACUGAUGCCUAAUCCAAAAACCGGCACAGUCGCAAAAAGCAAUCAGUUAUUGAAGGCAAUAGAAGAAUUUAAGCAGGGAAAAGUUCAAUACAGAGCUGAUAAAACUGGGAUAGUGCAUAUUCCUUUUGGGAAGGUCGACUUUCCUGAGGAAGAUCUCCUUGUGAAUUUUCUGGCUGCAGUAAAAUCUAUCGAGGCGAACAAGCCGUCUGGUGCUAAAGGAGUGUACUGGAAGAGUGCGCAUGUGUGCUCCUCAAUGGGGCCUUCUAUUCGGCUAAACAUAAGGGAGAUGCUGGAGUACAAGCUCCCUGCAAAUGUCUAGAAGUGGUGAGCAUUCUUUCAAAACUGUAAUUAAAGCUUUUCAGUCCUCAUAGGCCUCGCGAAAUGUUCACUUGGAUGACUUGGACGACGGGAGAGUAAAGCUCUAUGUAGAUGAGGGAGACCUUGGGAGCUGUAGCGCUGCAUAUGCGGGAAGGAUACUGAAUCGGCACGUUCAUAGUUUCUUCCUACAUUUGGUGUAUUAAUUGUGUUAAUUUUGUUUGUUUAAAUUAAUCAUUGGCUCUCGUAUUAUAUAUGUUCUCUAAUUAAGCCUCU